AUUACGCUUUCUUCAAUGCGUUUGUUGUGAUCUUAGGUUAAUUCUCGUUUCGCUUCGUAUCACUGCAAAUUUGAGAGGUUUAGUCGUAUAAUAAAAAAAGAAAACAUGGAAAGACAUUCAGAAAGACGUUCGGAAAGAUAUUCGGAGAGAUAUUCAGAUAGACAUUCGGAAAAACGUUCGGAAAGACGUUCGGAAAGACGUUCGGAGAGACAUUCGGAAAGAUACUCGGAUAGACGCCCGGAUAAAUAUUCGGAUAAACAUUCGGAUAAACAUUCGGAUAAACAUUCGGAGAAACGAUCAGAGAAACAUUCGGAGAAAAGGCAUACAACAGAAACAAUGACGAACAAUCGGAAAAGAACUGUUGAUCUCCUGACAGCAAAAACAGGAGGGGCUUACAUACCACCUGCCAAGUUACGUAUGAUGCAGGCAAAUAUUACAGAUAAGUCUGGUGCUGCUUAUCAACGUAUUGCUUGGGAGGCUCUUAAAAAAUCUAUUCAUGGAUGCAUUAACAAAGUUAAUGUUAGCAAUAUUGGUCUUAUAACAAGAGAGCUUCUAAGAGAAAAUAUUGUUAGAGGAAGAGGUUUAUUAGCUCGUUCUAUUAUACAAGCCCAAGCUGCUUCUCCAACUUUCACUCCUGUCUAUGCAGCAUUAACAGCUAUUAUUAAUUCCAAAUUUCCUAAUAUUGGAGAAUUAAUACUCAAACGUCUUAUUAUACAGUUUAAGCGUGGUUUCCGUAGAAAUGACAAACCUCUUUGUAUAUCGUCCGGAACAUUUGUUGCGCAUCUUUUAAAUCAACGCGUAGCACAUGAAAUUUUACCUUUAGAAAUCUUAACAUUACUUGUAGAGACACCUACAGAUGAUUCUGUAGAAGUUGCUAUAGCAUUUUUAAAGGAAUGUGGAAUGAAAUUAACGGAAGUAUCUAGAAAAGGUAUAGAGGCCAUUUUUGAAAUGUUGAGAAAUAUACUGCACGAGGGUCAAUUAGAUAAACGUGUACAAUAUAUGAUUGAAGUCAUGUUUCAAAUUCGGAAAGAUGGUUUCAAAGAUCAUCAAGCAGUUCCCCAAGAACUAGAUCUUGUUGAAGAGGAAAAUCAAUUUACACAUCUUAUACAAUUAGAUGAAGCAAUAGAUUCGCAAGACAUUUUAAAUGUUUUUAAAUUUGAUAGUGAUUAUGUGACUAAUGAAGAAAAAUAUAAACAAUUAAGCAAGGAAAUUCUUGGUUCAGAUGAUAGUGAUUCUGAAGCGGGAGAGGAUGACGAAGAAAGUUCAGAUGAAGAUAGCAAUGCAGAGACUGCAGAGGAGAAAGAAGGUGUUAUUGUAGAUAAUACAGAAACUAAUUUAACUGCUCUUAGAAGAACUAUUUAUUUAACAAUACAUUCUUCACUUGAUUUUGAAGAAUGUGCUCAUAAAUUAAUGAAAAUGCAACUAAAACCAGGACAAGAAAUUGAGCUUUGUCAUAUGUUCUUAGAUUGCUGUGCAGAAAUGCGUACAUAUGAAAAGUUCUUUGGACUUUUAGCAGGACGAUUCUGCGCCAUUAACAAAAUUUAUGUGACACCAUUUGAACAAAUUUUUCAAGAUUCUUAUCACACGAUACAUCGAUUAGAUACUAAUAAGUUACGAAAUGUAUCAAAAUUCUUUGCUCAUUUGUUAUUUACUGAUUCCAUAUCAUGGGAAGUAUUAUCAUGUAUAAAGUUAAAUGAAGAAGAUACUACAAGUUCAAAUAGAAUAUUUAUCAAAAUAUUAUUCCAAGAACUCUCUGAAUAUAUGGGUCUUUCGAAACUCAAUCAAAGAGUUAAAGAUGUGACAUUGCAAGAAGCUUUCAGUGGAUUAUUUCCUAGAGAUAAUCCAAAAAAUACACGUUUUGCUAUUAAUUUUUUCACAUCUAUUGGUCUAGGGGGUCUAACAGAUGACUUGAGAGAACAUCUUAAAUCGUGAUUAUAAGUUUUUAAUGUAUAUAAUAAUUUCAUGUAAUAUAACUUAACUUGUAAUAUAAAGAUACAAAAUUGUAAUAUAAAUUAAUAAAUAUUAACAUAAAUCUUUUUUUUAUAUAAAAAAUUUUUGAAUAAUUGAUCAUAUGAGUUUGGAUUUAAAAAUAAGUUAUAAGAUUUUAUAA